AGCUGUAUUCACCCACUCAUCAUGUAACACCACAGUUCCUCUCCUGGUUUCUCUAGAUCUGUGUCCAGUUUCUUGUGGGACACUUCAUAAACAUGCUGCUCUGUCUUGGCUGGUCGGCUUUGCCAUUUCCAGAUUGAGCUUUGUUAUAUAUCUGGGGGAUUAUUCUUGAUUAAUUAUUUUAGCUGUCACGUAGUUUGUGGCUGUAUCAGUCUGAGUGCAGCUCAUCAUGGUGUGUCGCACUAAUUUAAUAACUGUAGAUGUAUUUAGCCUGAUAUCCUCUUUAGAGACCAACAGAGCAAACGCUGCUGAUUUUAUUUUUGUAUUUUAUAGUUUGAAAGUGACACUUGGGACACAAUGAGUGUGCGUCCCAAUGUAUUCUGCUCCUUCAGACACAGAUCCACACAGCAUGUGUAUAUAAAACCAUGGAAGAAGCAGGAGCUUUCAUUGUGACACACUGCUCAGCUUCACAGUGUGUGUGACACAGGUGGGUCACUUGGAUUGGCAGAGGUGAGGCCUGCUAAAAAGCUACAGCUGUAAACUGUAACAGUGCUCAUAUAGGGGGCUGUUGGGGUUGUCUCACUUUUGGAUGCAGGCUCCAGAGGCCGUUAGGGGAAUUGCAGUUUUUGGCACUUCUGCACAGGUUUCAGUUUUCAGCCCUGGAGGUGCCGCCUGAUAUGAGGUGAUACUUUUGUCUUUGUCCUCUCACCGUCUGUGAGAGAUGUGUAUCCACCAUGUGAGUCCCUCCCUCCACCAGUCGGUCAGACGUCUGCCCGUCCUCCAGUCUGGUUCGGCUAAAAGGGAGAUUUUCCUUCCCGCUGUGGCCAAGGGCUUGCUCAUUGGGGUUGACCGGUUUGAUCCAGGGACAUGAUGGAGAGUUUAAAGACACGGCUCAAGUUCCCCAGCCCUGUCGUACAAGCCCAGAUGGUGAGAAGUCUUGUUGCAGCUGUCUUAAAGGAAAAAGGGUCAAAUGGACAAAUCAGCUGGUCCUGUGCUCAGGGCCCAGCACUGGAAGCUUUGUGGCAGCAGUGCUGCAGUGACUGUGCUGUGGUGUGUUCAGCGUGCUGUGACACCUUGGUGUUAUUGGUGGACCAGGGCCAUGCAGACCUGGAGUACAUCCUCAAUGGUGUCCUCAACCUCCUGCCUUCUGCAAGACACACUCAAGGGUUGAUAAAAGUCAUUCGGCGAUUGUUGGAGAUGCAGGCUGACCAGAGCGAUGGACACUUCACCUGUCCGUAUUCUAUCAGGAGCAGCCCUCACCCGUACGUCACAGCCCUGGAGAACAGAGCGGACUGCUGGCCGGCUCUGCUGUUCGAGAUCGAUGACUUUAUCCAGAAAGCUGUUGACAGAGAUAAAGCAGCUUAUAUCACCAUGCUGGCCCCCUUCCUUCGGUACCUAUACUGCCAACCUCACAGGCAACCCGAGCACGCGCUCCUUCGACAGAGUCUUCUUAGGGUGAUGCUGCCCAUUCAGGGAGGAUCCAGGUCCGUCCCCCAGAACAAGGAGCAGGAAACGCUGUCCCCAGUGUCUGACAGGCUGCUGCUCUGUCUUUGUCAGCUGGUUCCACACAUGCAGGUGGACAGCGUGGAGGCAGUCCUGGAGCUGUGUGCAUUUGUGGGCGCUCUGCUCCAAGAUCUAACUGGGACCUCUGGAGACCAGUGGAAACCAGAGAAAGCGGCGCUGGCUCUGCAGCUGCUGUGUGCGUGUCGGCGAUGCCUCGAGUUCAACGGAGACUGCAGACCAAUAAUCGGCUUAAUACAGCAGCUGGUUCCAGCCUGUCAGGAGUUGCUGUUGGAUGAGCUGAUGAUGGGCGUGGCCUUGCUCUUGUUGGAAACCCCUUCAGAUCAGCUGACCAGCCUUCUCAGACUUGCACUGAGUUUGGUCCCUGAACAAGCGGAGGCGUCGCCCUGGUUGAGUCCGGUCCUGAUUCUCCCUGUGUUGCAGCUCCUGUCCUGCUUGGGUCUCACUGAGCCGCUGUCUGACCAAAACACACACAGCACCAACCACAGGCUGGCUCACAGCCUGCUGCGCAGCAUUAGCAGGGCCACAGAUCAACCCCAGCAGGUAGCCCAGCAGGUAACCCAGCAGCCUGCCCCAUCACUGACUCUGUCUCUGAGUUCCUGGUAUAGUGAGCUCAGCGUGUCUUUGUCGGUACUGCGCAAAGUGGCCAACAAUCCAGCAGCAGCGACCGAUUGGCUGUUGGCGGUCAGCUCCGCCCUGCCGUCCAGCCAGCGCCUGUCCUCCUCUCUUGUCCUGAUUGUGACUUAUCUCAUCAUCACGGGUCAGGAAAACAUCUGCCAGCUGGCUUUGAAAGCAAGCCAGGCUGUCGCCGCUGCCGACCCCUGCCAGGUCCCGCCCCUCCUGCUGCUUCUUUUGUUCAAACUGACCAAAGAAAAGAAUCCCGUCCUGGCUCACGCUGUUCUCACAAGCCUGCCAAACCUCGGCACUCAUAAGCUUUGCUUCCCGAUCGUGCUGCACAGUCUGCACAUGCUGGCCGGCUCCCCCAAGCUGAGAGCAGUGGGACUGCGCCUCAUGACCGCUCUGUGGAAAAAACAGGACCGGGUCUACCCAGAGCUGCAGCAUCUAAUGAGCCAGCAGGACAGCAGGGUGGUGCUGGGGAGGGACGCCCAGUGGGAGCAGAUCCUGGCCAGGGCCGCCUGUGUCAGGGACAUCUGCAGAGAGAGGCCUUACCAGCAUGCAGGGGACAUGGUGGCUGCCAUUUCACUCACUUUAAAACAGUGCAACAGACCAGACCUGGCAACCCCGGCUGCUCUCGUCCUGCAGGGACUACAGGAGCUGUGUCGAGCAGAGGUGGUGGAUAUUAUCUCAGCAUGGAGAACUGUUUGGCCUGAGCUCAGCUGUCACUCACAGCCAGGAGUGGUUCAAGCCAUGGCUGAGCUUUUGGCUCUGGUGCCUCAGCUCACAGUUAAAUCAGAGCAGUACGAGAAAUUAAAAGAAGAGGUGGUCAGCAUUCUCUGGCAUUAUGCUCUGAGCGAGGAUCCAGAGGUGGCCAGCUGUGGCUACAGGGCUUUGGCACACUUUCCUGAAACAGAUCACACCAUCAACCACCUUCCUGAGGCAGCCCGACCACCUGCAAAGCUCCCUGAAAACGAAGAAGAUGAACACAGUAAAGAAAAGGAGGAAGAUGAGAAGGAUCUCUCCGUCCCAGGCUCAUCUUAUGUGAAGCUGAUGACUCUCACCACCUCGUCUGUUCUUCCAGCCUUUGAGCUCUUCUUGACGUCACUGGUGAGGCAGGAGAUGAGUCAGAUGCCACGGGGAAUCUACUUCUCAGCCCUGAGGGGGGGUAACCUCCGCUCGGACCAGGGUAAAACGGUGGCAGGAAUCCCGUCGUUCAUGCUCAAGACCUACGAGAAAAACAAGCAGCCGGGGCUGAAGCCAGGACUGGCAGCUGGGCUGCUUCUGUCGUACAGUUUGUCUGUGCAGACCGAUCGUGCUGGGAGACCCAUCGGCCGGUUCCUCGUCAGCCGCAGCCGCAGUUACCAGCAGACGCUGACAGCCCUCAUUCAUGAAGUCAACAUCCAGCCCUCUGAGUGGCACCGUGCCCUCCUCCUGCCACAGGCCUGGAGGGGCUUCAUGAGCCGAGCUUUCUACGCCGUUAUGGAGGGUCGACGUGCUGAAUUAGAGAUGCUUCAGAAACAAGGCAAAGAGGAUCCACAGGAGCUGCAGUACAAGCAUCACUGUGCCUGGCUGUGGGCCAGAGAUCAGCUGGCAGAUGUCAUCAAAGGUGCUACAAAGGACAGUCCUGUUGUUCAGGGAAACGCCAUCUUGGCUCUGAGCGGCCUCGCUGCUGUCCUUGCUAAGUAUGAGAGCAACCUGCCCACUGAUGGUGACGGCAGCCUGGGGGCUGGACCAGAGUUUGUGGCCACAGGAAGCUGGUUGACCAUGGUGCUGGACACCCUGUUCAGCAUCAGCAGCAGCAGCUUCAAGUCCAAAGGACGAGUUUUCCCCUGGUUUCUACACCGCUCCUACUCGGGUGAGAACACAGCGAGUACCAUAGCGCGCUCCUGUGCAAGCCUCGCCCUGUCGCUGCUCGUCUCAGUGCUCGUGGUGUGGCAGCGGGACAGUCUGACCCACAUCCUGUCGGCACUGCAGGCCGGCCUCCCGGGCUCCCCCGCCGCAGACGACUCCCAGGCCAUCCAGUUCCACUCCGGGCUCGGUCUCGGCAUGGUGCUGUCCAGCCUGCUGCACCAGCGCCUCAGUGAUGAGUCUGCUCAGAAGGAUGCUGAUCUCCUCUUUGGCCCUCUGGAUGCUCUGGAAAGUUCCUCUUUCAACCCCAACUUGGAAUACAACACUGGCUGUAUACUGGGUCUGGGUCUAGUGCUGUCUGCCUCCUGCAGCAGUGGACAGAGGAGUCAACAUGUCCGUGUCAGCAGGACACUCGACAAGCUACUGGCCAACCUGCAAGACUGCAGUGGACGGGGACGCAUGGUGCAGGAGGUCUUGGCGUACUCUGUGGCGUGUGUGAGCGUUUCAGCGUUCAGCGCAGGUCUUAUUGAUGCCGCCAAGGCCGAGGAGGUCAUGGACACGCUGCGCAGCCUGACUGAGGAGAGCCAGCAGACCCCGGGCUUCUCCCUGGCUCUGGGGUUAGCGGUCCACGGCCUGUCGGUGUCCGGCCACGGCAGAGCAGAGCACAUCCACCCUCACCUGCUCGCAGCCUGGAUCAAAAUCUUACUGGCUGAGGGCUGUCCCACCAUGCAGCGGCUGGCUGCUGUCAACGGGCUGGUGGCUUUGGUGGGGUCAGAGAGUUACCUCAUCCAGCUGAAAAGUGAGACGGAGCUCGUGUCCAAGCAGCAGAACAGGCUGAAUGAAGUUAUUCGGGCCGUCACACAGAUCAUCACGUUCUCUGGAGCCAUCGGUUUGCAGUCCAACAGCGCCUGUUUGCUGGGACAUUUGCAUCUGGCCCACAUGUCCAGCAGUCACAGUCACACCGCAGUUCCUCCAGAUUUCAGUUACCUCUCAGAGAAAAGUGUGGUCAGAUCCACGACUGAGUUCAUCACAGAAGCUGGACAAACAGGUCCUCAGUCCUCCCAUCCAGGCCUGGUUAAGACCGCUCUCACCGCUUUGGCGUCAGUCGGCGCCUCUUUCCAGUAUCCGCCCAUCAACUGGAGCGCCGCUCUUUCUCCUUUAAUGAGGAUGAGCUUUGGAGAGGAUGUGCAGCAUCAGUGUGUUGUACUGGCAGCCUGUCAGACCCAGUCCUCCCACAGUGCUGCUCUGUUUUUGGGCUCCUGGUUGUCCCCUCCCCUGGUCCACAGUCUCAGUUACCAGACCCGGGCCCACCUCUAUGAGACUCUGGGCUCGUGGAUGAAGCACGUGACUGAGGACAAGCUCCAGGUCUAUGUGGAGAGUUUGGGGGUGCAGCAGUUUCAGGAGGACCUCCGACCCCAGCGGGCGUCCCUGUGCUGCUCUGUGCUGCGGGGCCUGGCUCAGGCCAUGGCCCUCCCAAACCCCUCUAGCAGCUGCUGGACCAUCCUCUGCUCUGCCACGGAGAAGAUCUUCACCUUCCUGCCCGACCGAAUCCAGGAUAAUGAAGUGGAUCUGUAUGUGGGCGUGGCCAAGUGUCUGUCUGAGAUGUCUGACACAGAGAUUGAGAGGAUCAUGAAAGUCUCUGAGACUCAAAUGGAGAAGACCUGCUUCAUCUUAGCCUACCUGACCUCUCAGGGACGAGUGCCCCUCCUUAGUCUUAAUGAUGUCAUUGCUGGGGUCCUCCGUGGUUGGCCAAGCCGCAGAGUGGGGUGGCUCCUCCUGCAGACUUUUUACCAGUGUCGCCUGGCAACCAGCAUCAACACAGGCAUCUCCAGACGGAUGGAGUGGCUCCUGGAGCUAAUGGGACAUAUCCGAAAUGUUGCCUACGGUGUCACAGACGUCCAGUGUGGAGACACCAGAUCGGCCACCGACUUCCUGUUCCAGCUCUUUGCUGCUGCAGUGGUUUCCUGGAGUGACCACAUCAUGCCACUCCUCUUUGGCAUCCGGGUCCAGUGGUUUCCAUGGCAGCCAGACCCCAAGCCUCAUGCUCUAACACACGGUCUGUAUGGCGAGGAGUCGUUGGUGGAGGGCGCCCUGUCCCAGUGCCUUUUAGCGAUGUCCCACAGCCUCCCUCGGCUGCUGGACAAGGAGCCCUGGAGCAGCCAAACACCCAAGUUCAUAGACUGGCUUCUCAGCAUCAUGGAAGCUCCUGAACAGAGCGUGUCAGCAUCAACUGUCAGCACAGCCAAAGCUGCUCUGUUGGCGCUCAGGUCCUCUGCAGAGUUCAAGAAGAAAGCCGUGUGGACCAGAGCGUACGGCUGGUAGUCCAGAGGAGCCUCGGCAUCCUGCUCAGGCUUUGCUGCUCGUACACAGAGAGACACACGGCUGCUGGUCUGAGCUGUCGGCAUGUUUAAUGUUAGGCAGUAACUGUACUGUAGGAAUCUGUGAGGUCAAUAAAAGUGCAACACAAAUCA